ACCCUUAUAAUCAUAAACAGUUCUAAUUAAUAUCUAUUGAAUAUGAAAAUGUUUUUGCAAAAUCUUCUCUUCUUCCUCUUCAUCAUUACAAAGGGUUCAACGGAAUAUACGCGUCCGGGUCUGCGGCCGUCCGUCUCGUGGCAGCAUCACCGAUCGGAUUCUGAUCCUCAACAGGUGCACAUUUCAUUGGCAGGAGAAGAACAUAUGAGGAUUUCAUGGAUUACCAAGGACAGAAAAGUUGAGUCGGUAGUCGAUUAUGGGAAGACGGCCGGAGCAUACAAUGAAUCGGCUGUUGGGGGAAGCACUUCCUACCGUUACUUCCUCUAUACAUCAGGAGAAAUUCACCAUGUCAAAAUUGGACCAUUGGAGCCUAGCACGAUAUAUUACUACAGAUGUGGUGGCUACGGUCCGGAGUUCAGCUUCCGGACGCCGCCAUCGGCUUUUCCCCUUGAAUUUGCUGUUGCUGGAGACCUAGGGCAAACAGAAUGGACAGAAUCAACCUUAGCACACAUUGGUGCUAGGGACUAUGAUGUUUUUCUACUACCAGGUGAUUUGUCCUAUGCUGAUUUUCUACAGCCACUGUGGGACUCCUUCGGCCGCUUGGUUGAGCCCUACGCUAGCACCCGGCCAUGGAUGGUCACCCAAGGGAACCACGAUAAAGAAGCUUUCCCUAUAAUUUAUCCUCAGGGUUUCAGGGCCUACAAUGCCAGAUGGCGAAUGCCGUACCAAGAAAGUGGGUCCACAACAAAUCUAUACUAUUCGUUUGACGUGGUUGGGACCCACAUAAUCAUGCUUGGAUCUUACACUGACUAUGAUGUCGACUCAGAUCAGUACAAGUGGCUCCAAUCUGAUUUGAUUAAGGUUGAUAGGGUCAAGACACCUUGGAUAUUUGCAUUGGUCCAUACACCUUGGUACAAUUCUAAUCGUGCUCAUAGAGGUGAAGGUGAAAAAAUGAGGAAGUCCAUGGAACGGAUGUUGUAUGAUGCUCGUGUCGAUGUGGUCUUUGCAGGGCAUGUUCAUGCAUACGAACGAUUUACUAGGAUUUAUGAUGGGAAGGCAGAUGAGUGUGGUCCUAUUCAUGUCACCAUUGGCGAUGGAGGGAAUAGAGAAGGGCUGGCUACCAGCUUCAAGAAACCUAGUCCUUCAAUCUCACUCUAUCAAGAACCAAGCUUCGGACAUGCACGUCUCAGGGUUGUGAACAGCAGCCACGCGUAUUGGUCAUGGCACCGGAACAACGAGACGGACUCACCAGUGGCUGACGGCACGUGGUUGCGAAGCUUGAGCUCCUCCGCCGCCUGCAACCAAACUCUUUCGCAAUCAAAAUUUCCCAAGGACGAGCUGUAGUAUAGUAAAUGUACUUAUAAUUAUAUAUAUAUGUUUUAGAAUAAACAUAUGAUCAUAUAUAUAUAGAUAUACAUAAAAAAGAUAAACAAAAGUUGCUGCUUUGCAUGUGAGAUUGUGGAAUAAAAUGGAGGUUGUUUUAAUACAUUUUUCA